CUCCACCACCCCAAUCUCACCACCCCAAUCCCAUCACCCCAACCCAUCACCCCAACCCCAUCACUCCAACCAUCACCCCGCCCUUCCCUCCCCACCCCACAGCCGCGCCCACGCCGCAAAAGCCCGCUGCCAGCACUUCGCUCCCUGCUGUUUCCACUUUAA